AUGUCCGCUCCUUCACUUCCUGACCCUGUAUUAAUUUCUGGUCCCAUCCUGGUUGGGGCUGUGGCUUCGUUCCUUUUGUUCGGAGGAUUCCUUGUUCAGCUCUACUCUUACGCCUGCGAAGCUGUUCCCGGUCAAAACAGAUGGCACCACUACUUGGUUGGAUCCAUCGCUGCUCUCGAGGUCAUCAACAUAUGCUUCAUCUUCCAUUCGGCAUGGCAAUCUGUCGUGCUCGCACUCGGAGACCCAGCACUCGCCCUCAUUCCUCCUAAUACUGCACCCGUACUUCAAAUGCUGAAUGGACUGAUGGCCUGUUUGGUGCAGAGCUUCUUCGGAUGGCGAAUCUACAUUUUAUCGACGAGGAGAUCUGAGAGGAUCUUGGCCGGCCUUAUCCCCUUGUUGGGAUUAACGGGGUUGGCACUGGCAAUCGCCGUUGGCAUUCAGUUCAUCAUGCUCAAUAGCGAUGGGACAGUCUUGAGCCGCAUCAGCCUUACCAUUAGUCUGCAGCUUGGUUGCCAUCGGUUAACGGACGCUCUCAUGACUUUCGGUAUGGUCACAGUGCUCUGGCGCUACAAGGAACGUAGUAUGGUGGCCGAAACGAGAAAUCUUCUAAGUGCAAUUACCCGAAAUACUCUCGAGAAUGGCCUCGCGACUACGGUCGUUGCCACCUUAAACCUCUCGCUCUUCUUGGCUCGUCCCAGUGAUAACAUCCACGUUGCGUUCCAUUAUCUCAUCGGUCGUUUGUACGCCAACGUUCUUCUUACGAGUCUUAACAGCAAGCGUCGCCCACGAUCGAACUCGACUUCAAAUAGGAACCCUACCUCGACCUUCUCCAAUUCUCGAUUCAACGUCUCAGCAGUUCCACCCACCGGGCGAGCAGUUGAAUUGGAGGAAUAUGGCCGCGGCCAAGCUAAAACCAAUCCAGAGAUGUUGAUCUCUGUUUCGAGAGAGGUGUACGUUGGGACUGAGUCCAAGUAG